GCGCUUGCAUCUGCCACAGCCAGCCACGUCCCACGGCAGCUCAGCACUGCUCUCACCUUCCGCGCCUCGUCUGCCCCGCGCCGCGCCGCCGCCAUGGAGCUCGCGCCACACGUGCCGCAGGCCGGCAUGGUGCUGUGCGCCGACUGCGGCGUGCCCAUCGUGCCGUCGUCUGCGAACCUGUGUCUCUCCUGCCUGCGCAACUCGGUCGACAUCACCGAGGGCAUCCCGAAGCAGGCGACGAUCAACUUCUGCCGCAACUGCGAGCGCUACCUCAACCCGCCGCAGAGCUGGGUCACCUGCCAGCUCGAGAGCCGCGAGCUUCUGGCCAUCUGCCUCAAGAAGCUCAAGGGCCUCAACAAGGUCCGCCUCAUCGACGCCGGCUUUGUGUGGACGGAGCCGCACUCGAAGCGGCUGCGCGUCAAGCUCACGGUGCAGAAGGAGGUGCUGACGUCGACGAUCCUGCAACAAAUAUUCGAGAUUGAGUUCAUCGUGCAGUACGGACAGUGCCCCGACUGCACUCGAUUGGCGGCGAAGAACACGUGGAAGGCGAUGGUGCAGGUGCGGCAGAAGGUGCCGCACAAGCGCACGUUCCUGUACCUCGAGCAGCUCAUCCUCAAGCAUAACGCACACCGCGACACGAUCAGCAUCCAGGAGAAGAAGGACGGCCUCGACUUCUACUACGUGCAGCGCUCGCACGCCGUCAAGAUGUGCGAGUUCCUCGCCUCCGUCGUGCCCGUGCGGACGCAGUCGUCGAGCGCCGUCGUCUCGAUGGACAUCCACACGUCGACAGUGAACAACAAAUUCAGCUACAGCGUGGAGAUUGCGCCGGUCUGCAAGGACGACCUGGUGUGCCUGCCCAAGUCGCUGGCACGGCAAAUGUCGCAGAUGCCGCAGCUCGUGCUGUGCCAGCGCAUCAACAAUGCGCUGCGCUUCAUCGACCCCAACUCGCUGCAGAUUGCCGACCUGCCCGCCGACAAGUACUGGCGCGAGCCGUUCGGCACGCUGUGUGCCAUUCCCGAGCUCAUCGAGUUCCUCGUGCUCGACAUUGAGCCGACGGGCGCCGUGACGGGCAACGGGCGCUGGGUCGCCGCCGACGCGCAGGUCAGCCCGAUGAACGCGACCAGCUUCGGCCAGGCCGACGCCGUGUACCACACGCGCACCCAUCUCGGCGCACUGCUGCAGCCGGGCGACACGGUGCUCGGCUACAACUUGCGCAACGCCAACUUCAACAACGCCAUCUGGGACUCGCUGGACCACGGGCGCACGCCGGACAUCGUGCUCGUGCGCAAGAGCUACCCGGACAGCAAGAAGCGGCGGCGCGGCCGCAACUGGAAGCUCAAGUCGAUCGCCAAGGAGGCGGGCGACGACGUGGAGAAGGAGGGCACGGGCCGCGGCGCCCUCGGCCGCAAGGGCGGCCUCGACGGCAAGAACGUCGAGCGCGACUACGAGAUGUUCCUGCGCGAGCUGGAGGAGGACGAAGAGAUGCGCGCCGGCGUCAAUCUCUACCGCGACCCGGCCGCCGAGGCGCGUGCGCAGCGUCGCCGCGAGGAGAAGGCCCUGGCGCGGGCACGGAAAGCCGCAGGCCUCGAUGCCGACGGCAAUGUGCCCGGCCAGGACGGCAUGGAGGUCGACGGCGAGGCGGAGCAGCCCGACUUCGACGACGGCCGCACGGACGACGGCUUCACCACCGACGGCGAGUCGGAGUUCGGCGACGACGAUAUCCCGCGUGUCCGUCUCGAGGAACUGCUCGACGAGUUCGAGGACAAGAUGGCCAUCGAGGACUAGUCACGCACGAUCGUCGCUCCCACCCGCCGCGCAGUCUCUCAUCCUGUACUCUCUUUCUCUGCAUGCCACGCUCUCAACGUCACAAUGCACGCUUCCGCCCACA